AUGAGGAAGGCUAUAGCGCUCCUUUCCAAUACAAAGAUAGUACUCCCAUUUAAGAAAGAGCUGCAAUCGAUUGGUCAGACAGCUGGAUUAUUCAGUGGUUUCUUAGAAAGUUUGGGUGCGGAUUAUUCCCAAUUCCCCAUAUCUCGAGUCUUUCAUUAUGAGGACGAUGCCAGAGGAAAAAUAAAGCGCGAUAUUAUGAAGAGGAUAGGAAAGAACUGGAAGGAUACAAGGCACCACUUGUAUCAUAGGUGUUACAAAGAAAUAAGGAUUUAUGAGAAAAAUCUUAAGCAUUGCCCGAAAGGAAUAGAAGAAAAUGAAUGGAAAAAGUUCAUUGACUAUCGCCAGAAGGAAGAAACAAUGGAGAAAGAGCAAGGAAGGCGCGUUGGUAGAGGAGAGUUGUUUAUCAUGACUCACAAGAAAAAAGAUGGCUCGUAUAUCCAUCUCGAUGCGCAUGUUGUUAGUGAAGCAAUUUUGAAUAUUGAGAGGCAGGAUGGAUCCUCUAGGCACCUUUCACAAAAUGAUUCGCUAGCACAAGUUCUCGGAAAGGAGCACCCAGGACGAGUUCAUGCCCUAAGUGCUGGACCAUGUCCCACCCAAGUCUUUGGUAACGUUGCUGGACAACCGUCGAGUUCUGCAGGGCCCAAUGAAGAGUACGAGAGGAGGAUUGCGGAAUUGACGGCUAAGCUAGAAGAAGAGCAGGCGAAGAGACAGUCGAUACAUAAGAUCUUGGGAUAUCUAGUCCAACAGCAAGGAGGCAAUUUGCCAGCUGAGGUUGCCACAGAGUUGGCUUUUUUGGGCGGUACACCGGACUCGUCAAGCGCAGGGCCAUCUUCAUCUGCCAAUCACGACCCGCAACAAAAAUUUUGA